ACUCCGUAAAAAUAUGAGGAAAUUAAGUGUAAACUACAACUUUUUUACCUCUUUUAAGCGUAUGACCCUUUUAGUCAUUCGUCGGUCGCAUAUCCCUUUUAUAUAAAAAAUACGACAAACGCAAACAACGAAAAGUAUCGCGAGAACCCGCGAGAACAUGGACGCAAGACAACAAAAAUAAAUUUGCGGACAACAAGCCAGCGAAUGAUGGCGGCGUCGCUGUUACGCCGGGACAAGAAAGCUACUGCCGCCCACCUGAAGGCAGACUUAAAGCGGACUGACAACACCGCUGCGGUCCGACAAAUUCACGAGCUACUGGAUGACGUGCUAAAUCCAGAAAAACCAGCCACGGACACUGAAGCGCUUGACUGGUGUAAAUGUCUAAUUGCAGGGGGCGAAGCAUUCGAGGAGUUCUGCAAAACAGUCCGCUCUUUUGACAACGCCACCCUGUGCGGUUUAGUGUGGACAGCAAAUUUCGUGGCGUAUCGAUGCCGGACCUGUGGAAUCUCUCCUUGCAUGUCACUGUGCGCCGAGUGUUUUAACAACGGAGACCAUACGAGUCAUGACUUCAACAUGUUCCGGAGCCAGGCUGGCGGGGCCUGUGAUUGUGGAGACAGUAAUGUCAUGCGAGAGAGUGGGUUUUGCAGACGGCAUCGGUUGAGAACAGGAGAGAACAUCCCGUCAAUUCCCAGAGAUCUUCUGUUGAUGUCAGAGUUGGUUCUCCCUCGCUUUAUCCUGUCGGUCAUACAGUAUCUGAGGGAUGGCUAUACAGAACCAGACAGCUCAACUGAGAGAGACCUACAAAAGGUUCUUCAGCAGCUGGAGCCUCAAAUCUCCUUCCUCGAAGAGCUCACCAAAAUGGGCGCAGCAAUGCGGACUGUCCUGACCAAGAUCUUGACCAAUCAGCAAACAUUCAAGGAGUUGAGCAUGGGCCAAGAGGACAAUUUGUUUGCUAAGAAGAACUAUGAAAAGUACUUGGCAGCAUUGAAGAAUUCGGGUUUGGUGUCUGUAGACGACAAGCACCAAAGUAGCGGUGAUGUCGGUGCCGAGGGAGGAGCUGAGACACUACUGGGAUCGGCAGCACCAGGGAGCCCAGAUGAGUCGAGCAAAGAGGAGGACCAAGACGCGGGACAGUCUGUUGGUCAGCGAAAGAGAGUUAAGCUGAGUAGCAGUACAAAAGACCUCUCUAUUAUCGAAUGUUUGAAGCAUAAAUGUUUUUUGGAGGAGCUCCUGUUUUGGACAAUCAAAUACGAGUUUCCUCAGAAGAAAGUCACCUUCUUGCUGAACAUGUUGCCUGAUCAAGAUUACAAGAUCACUUUCACCAAAACAUUUGUCCAGCAUUAUGCAUUCAUCAUGAAAACCCUGAUGAAAAGUCACGAGUCGGACACAAUGUCCAACCGUAUUGUACAUAUCAGCGUGCAGUUGUUCAGCAACGAGGAACUGGCUCGUCAUGUGACCGAGGAGUGUCAGCUGCUUGACAUCAUGGUCACCGUCCUCCUUUACAUGAUGGAGAGUUGCCUUAUCAAAAGUGAACUUCAGGAUGAAGAAAACAGUCGCCAUGUUGUGGUGAAUUGCAGCGAGGCUCUGUUGAAGAACAACACGUACUGGCCAUUAGUUAGCGAUUUCAUCAAUAUCUUGUCACACCAAAGUGUCGCCAAAAAGUUCCUCGAAGACCACUCGUUGUUGAUGCUGUGGAUGAGCUUUGUGUCGUUUUUCCAAGGAAUGAACCUGAAUAAGCGGGAGUUGAAUGAACAUGUCGAAUUUGAGUCUCAGACAUACUAUGCAGCAUUCGCAGCUGAGCUGGAGGCCUGUGCUCAACCAAUGUGGGGGCUUUUAACUCACUGCAAAGUCAAAGAGACUCAGGAGUAUACUAAAACCGUAGUGCGCUACUGCUUGGAGACGCUUCAGAUCUGGUUUGAUGCCAUCAGCUUUAACGAUGAGCCUUUGCCAAAUCAAGUGACAUUUCACUUGCCACUCCACCGCUACUACGCCAUGUUCCUCAGUAAGGCUGUGAAGUGCCAAGGUCUGGAUCUGGACAGCCUCCUGCCCGACCAAGAGAUGCUGAUGAAGAUCAUGGUGCAUCCGUUGCAAAUCCAGGCCUGCCUGUCGGAGAUCCACAGCAACAUGUGGGUCCGAAAUGGCUUGCAGAUAAAAGGGCAAGCGAUGACCUACGUGCAGUCGCACUUCUGCAACUCCAUGAUUGACCCUGACAUCUAUUUGCUCCAGGUUUGCGCGUCGAGGCUUGAUCCCGACUAUUUUAUCUCGAGUGUUUUUGAGAGGUUCAAAGUGGUUGAUCUUUUAACCAUGGCCUCUCAACACCAGAAUGCCGUGUUAGACUCUGAACAGGAAAGACCAAUGCUCGAAGGCGCUCUGACCUUCUUAGUCAUCCUGACAAGCCUUCGUAUUCAUUUAGGGAUGACGGAUGACGAGAUCCUUCGGGCUGAGAUGGUCUCACAGCUGUGUAUGAACGAUCGCACUCACAGCUCACUGUUAGACCUUAUUCCUGAGAAUCCAAACCCAAAGAGUGGCAUUGUACCGGGCAGCUGUAGUUUUGAGGAGAUGCUCUCCGCCGUGGCUGAUUUCAAAGCGCCGGUCUUUGAGCCCGGAGGUUCCAUGCAGCAGGGCAUGUACACGCCCAAAGCGGAAGUGUGGGAGAAUGAGUUUGACCCCAUCAUGGUUGUCCUCAGAACCGUGUAUCGACGUGACGUGCAGUCUGCAAUGGAUCGAUAUUCAGCGUUUUUAAAGCAGUCUGGAAUUCACACUGGUAAUCCCUGGCCUCCAUACAAGGAGAGGACGCCCCUGCACCCGUGCUAUAAAGGCCUAAUCCAACUAUUGCACUGCAAGACCCUGCACAUUGUGAUAUUCACUCUCCUUUACAAGAUAUGGAUGGAUCAUCAGAAUAUGUCUGAACAUGUGCUGUGCAUGGUGCUUUACCUCAUCGAGCUGGGCUUGGACAACCAGGUUCAAGACAGCAAAGAAGAUGAGGAGCCUUGCAUCGAGGAGCACUGUCACGACAGUUGGUUCCCCGGCACCAACCUCAUCUCUAACCUGCACCAUGUCAUCAACUUCGUGAGAGUUCGAGUUCCCGAGACGGCGCCCGAAGUGAAGCGCGAGGCUCCGCCCAGCACCAGCUCAGAAGCUUCCUCCUAUGGCCAGAACUCCAGGCGUCUUUCAGCCAAUUGGAGAGAGAACCUACGUGAAGCCCAGGUGUUCAGCCUUGUAGCGGAGCGCCGAAGGAAGUUCCAAGAGAUAAUCAACCGCAGCAGUUCGGAGGCCAGCAUGGUCGUCAGGCCCAAGAGUUCGUCGACGCGCUGGGUGCCGCCCGGUACGCCCCCGCAGCUGGUGACGGAGAUCCUGGAGAUAAGAGAGAGCAUGCUGUCCCUCCUGGUCAAGCUGCACCAGAAGCUGUCAUCCAAGCAGAACUCUCUGUCGGAAUCCUGGUUGGAUAGCAUGGACAUGAGCCGUCAUGCUCACGGAGAUGGCAUUACAGCCAUCGAGCGAAUCCUCACCAAGGCGGCCACGCGCAGCUGCCAAAUCAAGCGUAGCAUCCGAGACAUUUGUGGAAAGGUGCAUCCUCCCGUGCCGCCAAAAAAGAACAGUCCGACAGACAAGAAAGCCAUGGAUAAAGAAGAAAGGCGCCAGAGGGCUCGAGAGAGGCAACAGAAGCUGCUUGCUGAAUUUGCCUCCAGACAGAAGAGUUUCAUGGAAACGGCUAUGGAUGUUGAAUCGCCAGAAACGGAAGCAGCCAUGGACCUGGGGACGUCUGAGAUGAUGGAGUCAGAAGUUCUUUAUGACUGUGUGAUCUGCGGGCAGAGUGGACCCUCCACAGAGGACAGACCCGCUGGCUUAGUUGUUCUCCUGCAGGCCUCGUCGGUGCUUGGACAUCGCUGCAAGAGCGGCGAGGCAAAGAAUCUCCCAACCAGCGAUGAAGAGCACAUUUACUCUGCUGACACGUGUGCUGUGGCUCAUGACGUGCGACUCACCCUCUUACAGCGGUUCUUCAAGGAUAGCUCCUGCCUGCAGUCGGUGUCAAUAGGUUGGGACGGGGGCGUCUACGUGCAGACCUGCGGGCACACUUUGCAUAUAGAUUGCCACAAGUUGUAUAUGGAGUCUCUGAGGAACGACCAGGUCCUACAGGGAUUCUCCGUUGACAAGGGUGAAUUUACUUGCCCGCUAUGUCGGCAGUUUGCUAACAGCGUCCUUCCCUGUCGACCCGGGCGAGGCUCAGAGACCGGUGCAUGGCACUCUCCCGCAAACAAGAAGAUCAGUGUGCUUAUAAAGGAAGUGGAAGCUCUUCAGGACAACCUCGGCCUUUUCCCAACGGAGUCCAACUUGAGUAAAGAAAUGGAGUCGGUCAUCAAAGACAUUAAAAACACCACCCAGAAAAAGUACAUGGAUUAUGGCAAGAACCCUGGCUCCCCCGACAACGAUUUCCUCUUCAUGUACUCCUUGGCGAGGACCAACCUGGAAUUAGAACUCGUGCACCGGGGAGGCAACUUGUGCUGUGGUGGUGCCAGUGCCGCCGCCAAGCGCUCAUGUCUCAAUCAGCUGUUUCAUGUGUUGGCCAUGCACAUGCGUCUAUACAGCAUUGAUUCAGCCUACAACCCCUGGACAAAGCUGACUCAACUUACACAAAGCAGAGAAACAGAUGGCUUUGAUGAAGAAAGACCCGAAGUACCGAUGCUCUUUCGAGAUGUCCCAUCUCUGUUGAUUAUCUUUGUGCUCACCAUGCCGCAGCCUCUGCGAAAAGAGCACUUUACCUGUGUGGUGAAGAUGCUGUACAACCUGCAGUUCAUCCAGGCCCUGGCGGCGCUCUCCACCAAGCUGAGGCCAGAAGAAAGGCAGGCCUGGAGCUCAUCUGGGGCAAUCAAAAAGGCCCGUGCAAAUGCAGAAACGUCUUUUGAAGUGCUGCUCGGUCACGUUAUCAGUGAGUUGUCCAAGUGCAACAAUCUCUAUGCCGUCGUCGUGGAAGAUAUCAUGCUGAGCUCCAGCGUGUGGUCCCCGCAGUCUGUCGAGUUCAGCCUCCAGCAGUACUGCCUGCCCUUCCUUCGACUCGCCUGCCUUCUGCAGCAUCAUCUCUAUGGCGACGACCUCACCGGCUGCGAGGAGCAGGAAGAGUUCUCGUCCCUGGCCGCGUGCUUGGGGCUGGCACCGGCACCCUCUGUGGCUUCGAAUCCUGUGAACAGUGCCUCGUGUCUGGAAUGGGCGGUCAGCGCCUUCGACUUGGUCACGCACUGGUGUGCUGAGGUCAAAGGGCUCUCUCAAGUGCAGGCCGAGCAGUCGCUGACUUUGCUCGUUCAGGAUCCUCAGUGGGCACCGCCCCGCCUCCUCCAACUGCCUGACAACUACAAUAUCAUCUUCCAGUACUACCACAGGAAGGCCUGCGCUGUUUGUAAAAAGGUGCCAAAGGACCCUGCGCUCUGCCUCGUCUGUGGCGCCUUUGUCUGUCUCAAAGGGGUCUGCUGCAAGCAGCAGGGUAUCUGUGAAUGUGUUUUGCACUCCCAACACUGUGGCGCUGCUACUGGCAUCUUUCUACUGAUUAACGCAUCAGUCAUCAUCAUCAUCCGCGGACAUCGCUUCUGCCUCUGGGGUUCUGUUUACCUUGAUGCCCACGGGGAGGAGGAUCGCGAUUUACGCCGUGGAAAACCUCUCUUCUUGUGUGAAGAGCGCUAUCGAGUGUUGGAGCAACAGUGGGUUUCACACACCUUUGACCACAUCAAUAAGCGUUGGGGGCCUCAUUAUAACGGACUCUAAAAAAGAAAAAAAAAUCCACUUUAAAACUGCAGCCCGGCAAAGAGAAGACGACUAUUUGCAAUUGGUCUUUGUUUUUUGUUUUUGUUUUUUUUGCCAGAGUGUCUGCCUCGUUUGACAAAAACUUCCACUCAAAGUAUUGGUGCCAUGACCUCGGUUGGUGUGACGUUUGGUGUACAAUCGGGAGCCCGAAGGAUUAACGUGUGUGCGUUUUCAUUAUGUUAUCAUGUACUUAUCAACCGGGGGUGGGGAAAGCAACAUUUGGACACAUUAAAUGAAAAUACGAGAAGAGCACAACUUUUCCCAGAGAUGUACGUUUUAUGGCGUAGGCUGUAGAAGGAUUUGAUAUUUAUUUGGCUAUAUAUAUAGAUACAUGUGGAAUGUCUAGCGCUGAUUAUCCCUGCAAUAAUGCACCAUUUAUGAUGAUGUUCAAGCAUAUCCCUUUUAAUCAUGGUUCUGGUUUUGGGUUUCAAAUUCCUGAUGAGUGCAAAAGCAUUAUUACUACAUGAUAUCAACACACUAUGGCGUUUUGUUUUGUUUUUUUUGCAAAAGAGCAAAAAGGCUCUUUUUAUGGGUCUAGUUGCAAUCCAUCCUCAGGAAUUUUUUUUUUUGGAAUGAGUUUUAGAUAUUUAAAUAAAUGCUGCUGCUCGUUGAUCAAGUCAUUUUAACUUUGUGAAGGUUGUGCAUCGAGCUUUCGCUUAGAACGCUCGGAACGUCGGCUCAGACUCACUUUGUCAAAGGACGCGCGCGGUCACGUUAUUCCACUUACUCAAAGUUCAUCACGUCCUGCCUGAGCUCAGUUUUUUUUUUUUUAACCUGUGGAGAAUAAGCUCACGUGCGCCAACAAAAUAAUCUUAACGCUUUAUUUAUUUUAUUUGCCUCUCGAUAUUGUAAUUGCUCUUUAAUAUGAUGGGGUUUUUUUUUUGUGGUCCUCUUCCCAAGUAUUUUCAAACAAACGCAAGAAAUAAAAUCACAUGACAACAAAUGACCAGAUUUAUGAUACAUACAUAUAUAUUUUGGUCUCAACAGUUAACUUGCAUUAAAAUAAAGGCAUUAUUCAGCCCUCCACAGAGGUCAACCCGUGAAAGACGAUUAAGGUCUACCCCCC